UAAAAAUCAAAGCGUUUAAAAGACAAUGAUUGACGCUUUCUUAGUGUGCACUAUUUGAAAUUCUGGAAAUGGAACUUUCACUUGUUUCUCUGUUAUUUUACGGAUCAUUAACACUAUUUUCAGUUGUCAUAGCAUCCAAAGACUGCUACCCACCAGAAUGCUUUAGCAUAAGUAAAGAAGCACAAUCAAAAACCAUCACAGUGAAAAAUUCAUCCUGGACAAUAUUUUGUUAUGAAGGAAAACCAGAAAAUGCUUUUUUGCUGUGGUCUAAUCCUGUGUUAAAAAUAUCUACAAACAAUGGUACAUCAGAAUCUUUCCAGUUUAUAUGUGGUGAUACUCCUGACCAGGUGGAAGAAAAGAAAGAAAGCGCUAUGCAGUUACCCCAAGUCUUACAGAACCUUAGGUUUAUGUUCAAUGUGGACCUGAAGGAUAUGUCCUUUUCACCAUUCAACCAGAGCUGUAUUGGUAUCCAUAGCAACCAACAAUACACUGCUGAAUUUAAGUAUAAAAGUAGGUUUUUGGGAAUUCCAUUUGGAUAUAAGUUUAUUGUGACUUACUUCGUUGAUUUUGCGGAGAUGACAUACUCACCAUUUAAAUACAACUGUAUUGGUAUACAUGGUAAACAACAAUAUGAUGUGUCCUUUGUAUAUAAGAGAAUAGAGUUAUGGUAUGUGGCUUACCUGUUCAUUGGAUUGUUAAUCUUUUUGUAUGCCAAACACCUUAGUCAGAAUGUUAAUUUACAAUAUGGAUCUGGUGUAUCACUUGGUAUUAUAGCAUCUUUACUCAUUCUGAUGAUAAUUCUUCACAGAGUUUUCCCACAGAGCCUGAAGAAACUUGGAUAUUUGAUGGUUUUAUCAAGCUGUUGUGCAUCAAUGUAUUUUUGGCAACUUUUUGCCACCUCAUUUUCAUCAACAGUUAUGUCAUAUUGGAAAUGGAUCUUGGGAUACAUUGCUGUGACAGGAUUUCUAAGUUUUGGUGCAUGUUAUAAAUAUGGACCAAUCACAGACCAGAAAAGCCUUAAUAUCUUAAAGUGGUUAAUUCAGGCUUUAGGUGUCUUAAUGAUUUAUCAAGGGACUCAAAUACCCCAGAUUUCUGUAGCUAUAAUAAUGGUGAUAUUGACAAUAUAUAAUUUACCUAAAGGAUUAUAUAGUAAUAAACUAACGAGAUAUUUUAGAUAUAGAUUAUUCAAACCUAAAGUCAGAUUAUUAACAGAAGAAGAAUACCAAAAACAAGGAUAUGAAGAAACAAAGAAAGCUUUGGAAGAUCUACGCAAGUUUUGCCAGAGUCCUGAUUGUAAACCAUGGAAAGUUAUCAGUAAACUCAAAAGUCCUGAUAGGUUUGCUAGUUUUAUUGAAGGAGACUCUUGGCAUGUGAAUGAUCAAGAACUAUUAGAAUAUGACAGUUUUAAUGAUGAAGAACUACACACAGAAAAUGAGGAAGAGGAGGAAGAAAAUAUCAUCUCAGAAGAUGAAAACCCAGAAUGAUGUAUUUCUUCUAGAAAAAGGAAGAUAGGUCAAAUGGGUUUCAUUCAUAUUCAUGUGAUAGAUUUUACAAUCUAUAAUAAAAACCCUCCCAAGUUAUGUGGUUUUUAACAGAAGAUGACAGUCCUAGCAUCGAAGUACUUUGUAACACCCUCACUUUAUAAACAAUUGACUACUGUUACAACUACCAUCAUUUACUCUUUUAUCUAAAAUAACAGUCAGUAUUAAAGAUAGUCUGUCUGGCA